AAACUGAAGAGAUAAUGACUGUAUGGUGACUGUCAAAAUUUUCUGCAACAUACUAACUUCAAUCAGGUCUUCUUGUACAGGCCAAAGCUAAAGCAGAAUCUUUUCCUCUCUAACAUUUGACCAGAAUCACCUGUUACUCUAUUUCCCUAGGGACCGUCCAAGAAACUUAGCCACAAGUUCUUCCAUUCAGGAAAUCACUGAAAACACCAACCAACAACUUCUACUUUAGUCCACUCUCCAUGUAAAAACUCCUCCUCAGGCCACUCACUUCGGUGACGCCAUACUCAGCGACCUUCAUCUACCAUCUCCAUACACUCACCACAACUCCACCAACAAACACAGCCGCAGCCCCUUCAUAUACUGUCUGACGCCAACACCCCAAUUCACAGGGGAGAAAACAACUUCCCCACUCUCUUCCUCCAUCCUAAUUACCCCAGCCACCAAACCCAGCCUCAAAAUAUUCACCUCACCGAUCUCCUUCGAUCAAGCAAAAGGAGAUGUUUAAAAAAGCUUCGCGGGUAGGAAGUAGAAUUAAUACAAUGGAUUCAAAAGCAUCAAACCUCUCUUGUUCGAAAGAAUUGAAACACGUCGAAAUGGUACCAGCCGAACUUAAUAAUAGAAGGAUUUGUAAGCAUAUUAGUAUUCUGCCUUUUGAAUAUGAAUACUCUUAUCUGAUAUCUAAUGAUUAGAGACUUAUAUUUCCGAUGAUAAUGCUGAAAGUUUGAAUGCAUUUAAAGUGGUAUUAGAUGAUCUUACGUUUCUGUUAUCAAACGUGUCUAGUUGGAAUAUCAAAUGGCCCCCAAGUACAGUGGACAACAAAAAAUUUUGCAUCCAAUUUCAACUGCUUAGGGAUGGCUUGUUAAGUUGAGAGUACCUAACAUGAUGAAAAGCUGUUGUGGCAUCAUCUUUAUUAUUCCUUCUCCUUUUUGUUCGCUACACACAUUUGCUAUCUGAACUCUGAUUGGCCUACCCUCACUGGAAACAGGACUGAAAGUGCAACGCUGAUAUAAUUGAUCUGCAGCAGAAUAUUGUAGAUGCUCUUCUUAACCUGAUAUUCUCUCUUUCUGCGCAUUACACAUCAAUUAUUUGGACAAGUAUAGCAUAGAGAUGUCUAUGAAUUACAUUGUCAAGUCUUCUCUUAUUUUUCCAGCAAGGCAGAACACCCUCAAUCUAUGCUUUUGUUAUCUGUUUAAUCAGGUCGCUGGAGUGGCUGUUAUCUUUGAGGUGCAAAGAAGUUCCAGGUCUGAAGCUAGAAAGGAGGAAGUUCGGAAGCAGGAAUUAGAGGCAAUGAAGCAGCGAGAUGAAGAGCUGAGUAGAGAGAUUGAGUUCCUCAAGAACAGAAUUAGUGAACUGGAGAAACAUGCCAAGACACGAGGGUUAAGUAGCAUGUUUAGCAUUGGUCAUGCAGAAGGCACUCAAGAUAAAGUAAAAGCUGGUUGAUCAUCUGCUAGUGUUGUGCUAACAUAUAAUUAAUGCAGUAGUUUCUGGAAGUAAGGAAACUUAAAGCAACUCUAACAAAAGGAUGAUGUUCAGGACAUGUAAGUUUGACACGUCAAAGCCAUUAGAAUACUAUUAACCAAAUGAGUGUCCAUGGUUUGCAGCCUUUGGUCUAUGAAUAAAACAUAUCAUAUUGUAACUGAGUUUCAUAUUUUGGACAAUAUUUGUACCUAGCCACUGAUGCAGUAUUGAUGACAAUUUUAUUUGUGGCUUUCAGUAAUAAGAAUUGUUAUUAAGGGCUCA